UUCUCCUCCCUCUAAAGUCUAACCGUCUGUACUCUGUGCACCUUACACCAGCCCUCCCUCCCACCGCCAUAGCAAAUACCUCGAAAACGCGGGAAGAAUCCUGAUAUCCCCCGGACUCCCGUUCCGCCAUUUUUGCCUUCUGAACCUCUCUCAUCCUCACAAAACCAAAACAAUUCGGGAAUAUUCUCCUUGGACAAAUUGACUUGCACGUUAAGCGAUUCCCCUUCUCCCGUUUCAAUUCCUUUCAACCUCCGUCUUCCGGUCAGGCAGGCGGAGCUUCUGUCUCGUUUUAUUCCGCUUUGCUUGUCGCCGGCAACAGUCAUUCGGCGGGGGUUUUCCCCCCUCAUUCCGUGGUCAAUUCGAACUCUUGUUUCCCCCCUCUGCUGCUAUUUCUCAUGCCCGCCUGCUUCUGGUAUGAAGUUCGCAGGCGAUUGUUUCUUUUCCUCUCCUACAUCUCUUCCACUUCUGUGGAAUUCUUCUUCAGCUUCUCAACAAGGUGCGUUUUUCUCCUCUCCAGCUUUUGCAAGUAGCAUUAUACUCUUAUUGCCAUCUCGUCGACAGCAGAGCAUUGUGUUGACUUUGGAGGUGAUUUGAGUUUGAAUUGGGAGCUUGAUGGGGAAAGCUGACGAUGGGAGAUGUGUUUUCCCUUUAUCUAGUCUGCAAAUCGGAGACUUGCAGUCGUAUCUUUCAGAUCUUAGUCUGUAUGUGGCUUUCGAAAGUAAGAAGCUAUACGUCUUGGUGGACAACCGGCCAUGGUUGAAGAGUCUGGGUUCGCGGCCAGCACACUUGUGGCAGUUGAUGGUUACAAAGUCGAGGUUAUCUCCAUUUGCAAACAGCAAAGCACAAAGAGGGAAAAGGGAGUGCAAGGGAACUUCUCGUCCUCAGUCUGAUUCCAACAAGGCAAAGAAUAUGGAGAAAUGGUUCUCACUGAUCGAUGCAAAAAACUUCUCUCAGAAGGCAGGUUUGUUGCCAGUGGAGAAGUUGAGGAAGUCAUUAUUCUUGAGCAGUGAGCUGCACAGAACACUCUAUGGUUUUAUAGUGUUUGAAGUUGCUUGGAGCAACGUUCGAGGUAUUAACUAUUUGAAUGAACUUCAGACAGACACAUCUCUGGCAGUUGAGGCGAAAGUUAUGCAAAGAUGGGAAUUUGAUUGUAUAUCUCAAGCAUCAAGAUCUAUAUCUUCUUGGUUUUCAGGAACAUUGCCCGAGCAGUUACAAUUGAAGGAGUACCUGGAUUCUGUUACAGGAGAUAUUUUCUAUGAUGCAAAGCAAAAAUUUUCAAGAACAGGUUCUUUCAAUGAUGAUGAUGAAGAGACCAUUGGAGGUAAUCUGGGCACUGGGAAUUUCCCAUCCACUAGUCUCAGUGAUUCUGAGGAUAUUCAAGAUGACUCUGAGCCCCACACACCUCCACCCAGUGGGCCCUACAAGAGAAGAAGGGUAACUAAGUCGAUUGCCACAGGAGUCGAAGUUGAUUUUUAUUCUGAAACACAGGGCAGAAGCAAAGAUUUGUUGCACAACUCGGAGGCUGAUUGCAGCAGCAGCAAUUGUGAAAACGGUAGUCUUGAAGCUAAGGAGUACAAGGACGUACUAAUUCUGAUGAGGUUCGAUGACCAUGACCUCCCUUCCAAGCUGAGGCAAAUCGUAAUGGCUGACCUUAGGUUAUUGACCCUCUUAGAGGCAGGGCUUCCAUCAUGGGUAAUCUUUCUCCAAUCAUAUCCUGGGUUUUGCCAUCUUUAUCGCCCGUGGAUGUGUCCACUAGCUAGAGCUUUAUACGUCUCCAUCUCGAUUGUCACUGUUAUGAUAGGCUUCUAUGAUCUUUACAAAAAUGUCCCUGUUCUCAAGGCGACUGCAUCUCGAUUAUGUGGGCCACUUUUUGACUGGAUAGAGACUUGGGAAAUGGUCUCCAGGAUCAAGUAUCUGGGGACCAUGCUGUUUCUUCACAAUUUCCAGAAGGCUGUAACCUGGUCCUUAAUGAUCACUCGAACUUUCCGGUCUUUCCUCUCCGUUUUCACCCAACCUCUGGUUGGCCCGUUGGUGGAAUUAGUAGGAUUUCUCCUUCCAUUGUGGAAUGAAGUCAUUGAAAUAGUUGAGCGGUUAUUCUCAGUAGUCUGGCUUGUGGUGGGAACCACUUGCAAUAUGGUUGGAGAUGUUCUUGAGUUUUUCCUGUGGCCUAUAUGGGUUGUCCUCUCUUUUGUAUGGAACUUCGCGACUUCAAUCUUAUAUCCCAUCUUCUGGAUUCUGUGGGAAGUCAUCUACACCCCAGUUCGCAUGGUUCUUGCACUAUCAGGCUUCCUGGGUGGAAUUUUAGGCUUGAUGGUGCAGUUGGUUGUAGAUGUUUGGCGAUCUAUGAGUAGCAUAGUGCAGCUUGCUUCAGCUUCCGAGGCGUCAGUGAACACGUACCAAGUUUCCAUGUGGAGAUCACUUUGGAGCGACCUUUUUUCACAGGUCUUUCGUGCCGCAGAAGUAUUUUGAAUGGUUUUGUGGCUUUCUUCACAGCAUGCAACAAACAUCGCCUCAGCAUAUACAACCAUCUACAAGAUUUCAUCAGGAGAGUACUCGGUGGUGCUCAAAGAUUUCAGACUUUUGAUUCCCGGCCUAGUUGGAAGUCAUUCGAGCCGCGGAAUCUGUCUGAUUCAUUCGGGGAAUGCAAACAGAGCAGCUCGCCUCGUCGAAUGCCAACCCUGCGUAUUUCCAAGUCGAAGAUGCAGAGGUGAGCCAAGUUCUCUAUAGCUAACAGGAAAUAGGAAACUUUUGUAGCUUGUUUCUGUAGGAGAAAGAAACAAAGAGAGUAGUUUCUUAUUUGUUUCUCUGCAACACCGUGAGGAAGUAUCUUUCAUUAUUUCCUUCUCCCUCUUCGCAGCUAGUAAAUCUUGUUUGUUUCUGAACAGUUCCGCGGUAGUCACUCGUAGGUGUUGUAUCUUCCUUGUAAAUAGCAUGUGUAUUCUGGGUAUAGUAAAAAAAAUGUACAAAAAGGAAAAUUGCCACUGUUAACAAACAGAUUUGGUUAGAGCAAUUUAGGGUUUGAGACAAAUUGGGGAAAAUCAUAAAUGAAAGAGAACGAAAGGAAGGGAGAGAUGAUGUUGGCUCAAUACUCUCUCAGAAUUUGUUCUCUAACCUAACAUGUUUGG